AGGCGCCCCCCGCCGCGCCGCUCCACGGUGGACUCUGAACACACGACACUCAGGGAGGGAACCAGACACGGGAGGCCGCACGGGGUGGAACUCCGUUUAUGUGAACCGUCCAGGACAGGCUCCUCCGCGGACGGGGAGGGGGCUCGUGGGCGAUGGUUAAAGCGGAGGGGGUUGCUGUUGGGGAGACAGAAUGUUCUGCAGUUGGCGGUGGUGGGAGCAGCACCACUGUGCCCAUGGCUGUGCAGUGGUGGCUUCACGUGGAAUCCAGGUGACGUGGAUUCACGUCGUUUCCGGGAAGUAAGGCCUCGCAGCUGGCACCCUGUCCUCACGGCCGCGGGCACAGGCGUGCCGCCGAGCCUGGCACAGAGUCAGGGCUUCCUAGGCCUGCCCACCGACUUCGAGUGCGAAAGCAAAGCGACCCUCGGUGGGUGCUCCCACCACCUUCAGGACCUUCCUUCCUGAGGCUCAGAGACAGGAAGCGGCUGUCCCAGGCCACCGUGGCCGGCCCAGCGGCGGCUCUGUGCUGAAGUGCUGGUGGGGUCACCCUUGGGCCAGUGCCCAGUCCUGCGCUGAGCGCGGGGGACACCGCAGCAGCAGCCUCGCGGCGGGGCCUCCCCCCCUUCUCGCUCCAGCCUGCUGAGCUCAUUGGCCCAGGCUGGGGCCUCCAGCCACCUGCUGCUGUCUGUCUGGGGGCCACCCUCCAUCUGUCCACCAGGCUCACUGUGGCGGCUGAGGACCCCAGAUCCCAGGCUUCUCAACGUCUCCAUGGCGACCAGGGCCUUGCAGGAUCUGGAUGGAGGCCUGGGCAGCUGCCAGGCAGGCGAGGACCUCUCCACGCUGGCUGACCCAUGCCCUGCCCAGCCCCCGGAGGGCAGAGUUCCAGUGAUGCCCAGGCUGGCUGAUGAUAGCAGCGGGCCCCAUGAUUCCCAAGAGCCGGCGGCCGAGGGCAGCCGCGAAGGCGGUACGGAUGCCAGUCUCAAGAAGACAGAAAAAGAGCCUGUGACCAAAGCAGUCCUAGGAGCCGGGAAAGAAAGGCUGAAAGCCGCAGCAACCCCGCGGAGCCCCGCUCGCAGGAAGGCGCAGGCCGCCCCAGCCCCGCAGCGGCCCCCGCCGCCCCCGCCGCCGAGCGAGGAGCUGCCCUGGGGAGACCUGUCCCUCAACAAGUGCCUGGUGCUCGCCUCGCUCCUGGCGCUGCUGGCUUCCGCCUUCCAGCUGUGCCGCGAUGCUGUGUCUGGGGAGGCAGAAGCCCCUGCACCUGUCCCGGAGCGGUGGGGACCGCCCAGCUCCGCCCCGGAGCCAGCGUCGCCCCCACCCCCGGCGUGGCAGCCGAAGCCCGAGGCCUGGGUCUCCCCAUCCGGACCGCCUGCGCCCCAGGUGGAGGCGGAGGAGAAGACGGAGGUUCCCCGGAGCCAGGAGGCUGGGAAGGAGGCCGCUGGGGAAAAGCGCGCGCCCAAGGAGGCGCCUCGGAAGGAGGAGAGGCGUCGGAAGAAGCCGCCGAAGGAGCAGAGGCUGCGGAGGGAGGAGAGGGCUCGGAAGCAGGAGGAGCCACGGGCCGCCAGGGAACCCCGAGGAGCCCGACCGCGGCGCUGGGAGGCGCGCGAGGCGGGCCGUCGGCCUUGGGCGCAGGACUCUGGAGACCCCGGGUACAGGAAGAGGCAGGCUUGGGGCUCCUCGCGGCGCCCCGACGAGGACCGGCCUCCAGGCCGCCAGAAACACCGGGCUGGCAAGGGGCGGGACUGAGUCAGGCCUGGGUACUGUGACACACAGUCCUGGGAACCCCCUCCCCCGCUCGGUGGCUCCCGCGGUGCAGUGAAAUAAAUGGAGUGCCGC